AGCUCUGGGGAAGGGUCUCCAGAGCGGGCGGGAGGGCGCCUAUCAGGGUCUGAGGGAGUGACCGCCCUCAGGUGGCUACAAAGCCGAAGCCGGGCCACCUCGCCGCGUCAUGGCGCCCACCCUGGCCACUGCCCAUCGGCGCCGCUGGUGGAUGGCCUGCACGGCCGUGCUGGAAAACCUCCUCUUCUCGGCAGUCCUCUUGGGCUGGGGCUCGCUGCUCAUCAUGCUCAAGUCGGAGGGCUUUUACUCCUACCUGUGUACUGAGCCAGAGAAUGUCACCAACGGCACCGUCAGGGGCACAGCAGAGCCAGAAGAGGAGGAGGUGAGCUGGAUGAAUGGCUGGCUCAGCUGCCAGGCCCAGGAUGAGAUGCUAAACUUGGCCUUCACCGUGGGCUCCUUCCUGCUCAGUGCCAUCACCCUGCCCCUGGGCAUCGUCAUGGACAAGUAUGGUCCAAGGAAGCUCAGGCUGCUGGGCAGUGCCUGCUUUGCUGUCUCCUGCUUGAUGAUUGCAUAUGGAGCACGUAACCCAGACUCUCUCUCUGUGCUCAUCUUCAUCUCCCUGUCUCUGAAUGGCUUUGGUGGGAUGUGCAUGACUUUCACCUCAUUAACACUGCCCAAUAUGUUUGGUGACCUUCGGUCCACGUUUAUUGCCUUGAUGAUUGGGUCCUAUGCCUCCUCAGCAGUUACCUUCCCAGGAAUCAAGGUCAUCUACGACUUUGGUGUCUCCUUCAUCACCAUCCUCGUGGUCUGGGCUGGCUGCUCUGGGCUAGUUUUCCUCAACUGCUUCUUCAACUGGCCUCUGGAGCCUUUCCCAGGGCCAGAGGACAUGGACUACUCGGUGAAGAUCAAGUUCAGCUGGCUGGGCUUCGACCACAAGAUCACAGGGAAGCAGUUCUACAAGCAGGUGACUACAGUGGGGCGCCGCCUCAGCGUGGGCAGCUCCAUGAGGAGUGCCAAGGAGCAGGCGGCGCUGCAGGAGGGCCACAAGCUGUGCCUGUCCACCGUUGACCUGGAGGUGAAGUGCCAGCCAGACGCCGCAGCAGCCCCGUCCUUCAUGCAGAGCAUAUUCAGCCCCAUCCUGCUGCUCAGCCUCGUCACCAUGUGCAUCACGCAGCUGCGGCUCAUUUUCUACAUGGGCGCCAUGAACAACAUCCUCAAGUUCCUGGUCAAUGGCGACCAGGACAAAGUUAGCCUCUACACCUCCAUUUUCGGUGUGCUCCAGCUGCUCUGCCUGCUGACGGCCCCCAUCAUCGGCUGCAUCAUGGACUGGAGGCUGAAGGAGUGUGAAGAUGCCUCUGAGGAGCCCGAGGAGAAAGACGCCAACCAAGGCGAGAAGAAGAAGCGGGACCGGCAGAUCCAGAAGGUCACCAACGCCAUGCGGGCUUUUGCCUUCACAAACUUGCUGCUCGUGGGCUUUGGGGUGACCUGCCUCAUUCCCAACCUGCCCCUACAGAUCCUCUCCUUCAUCCUGCACACAAUUGUGCGAGGAUUCAUCCACUCUGCCAUUGGGGGCCUGUACGCUGCAGUGUACCCUUCCACCCAGUUUGGCAGCCUCACAGGACUGCAGUCUCUGGUCAGUGCCCUCUUCGCUCUCCUGCAGCAGCCCCUGUUUCUGGCCAUGAUGGGCCCCCUGCAAGGAGAUCCUCUGUGGGUGAACGUGGGGCUGCUCGUCGUGAGCAUGCUGGGGUUCUGCCUUCCCCUCUACCUCAUCUGCUACCGGCGCCAGCUGGAGAGGCAGCUACAGCAGAAGAGGGAAAACGACAAGCUUUUCCUCAAGCUCAAUGGCUCAUCCAACCAGGAGGCUUUCGUGUAGUGCCCACCACCUCAGAACUGUGGCUGCCUGCCCUUGCUUCAGUGACUCACCAGUGUCCUCCUCCCCACCCCAGAGGACCUCCACGCACCCCCAGGACCCUCUCCUCACCAUGUUGGAGCCCAUGCCCCCUCCCAGGACCUUGGUCCUGCCUUGGAGCUCUGCUGUGGAAGGACGGGAGAGGGCCUGCGUGUGUGGUUUUCCUACUGCUGGAAGCAGGGGCCGCCCUGGGCUUGGCUCUGCUGCCUUUGAGGGCUCUGGAGCCUUGAGGCUCCAUGGUACCUGCAAGAGGAGCCAGGAGGACCCCCGACAGGCAGGCUCUAUCCCUCAAGCAUCUGGAUUCUGCCUCUUGCCAAAGCAGAGGGGUCUGCCAUUCACUGCCUACCACCUACCCCUCGGCUGCAUGCCCACCGACCACGCCUGCCUGAGGACAAAGGCUUGCACUGUCUGCACCCCCUCGCCUGGCUCCUCAUCUCCUCCCCUGGUCAGCCUGAGGCUGCCUGAGGAAGGAAGGACCCGCUUCCUGUUGUUGGUGCUAACUCCUUUGUAUUUCCAGCCCCGUGUUGCCUGUCCAGAGCCUAUCCUCCCAUUAGAGGCCUGUGGAGAAGCCCCCCUGGCUCACAGCCUGGGGAGGGGAUGGAGGGCUGGAUGGUCAUACUAGGCUCAGGAGCUGAGGACAAAGGUGACCAGCAGCCCUUAACCAUCUCCCUUAGGACCUAAGUGGAGAACAAGCUUCCACUGCAGCUCUUCAUCCAGUCUGACCUGAGGGGAAUGAAAGGGGCAUCAAGAGGGCACCCCCCCGCCCCCACACACACAGUUGUUUUGGUGGGGGUGGAAGUGAGACUGGCUGAUAGACAUGGAAUAGUCCAGGUCCGGUGGGGAGGGAGGGAGGUAUGUGAAGGGCCUAGGGGUGUGUGCGUGCGUGGGUGUGUACCUGUGAGAGAGGUGUGUGGGAUGGUGGUAGGGUGUGGGCCCUGGGUGUCUGCUCUCAUUCUCCCAGAGCUGCCCAGAGGCCAGCCAGGCCUGCAACAGUGGGAGCGCCCCAGAGCCAGUCUGGCUGGCCCCGAAGCUUGUCGGAGGCUGUGGAGCCACAGCGCCCCCUGCUGGCAGACCGCCCCCAGGGCCCUGGCGCUGUUUACAGGGGAACAGUCGCCCUCCGCCAGACAGGCCUGAUUUACCAAUUCUCCCACCAGGACUGACCCCAGAAGUGGAUCUGGGACUUCUUCGGAGCACAGAGAGGGUUGGGUGGAUUUUUAGGUUUAUGGUUUUGUGGGGUUUUUUCAUUAUAAGUCAUCAGACUCAUUUUUAUAAGCAAUAAAUCCAUUUUCCUCCUGUUAAGGGUUGCCCCUGCUAGCCUAUCAGUUAAGAUCUACAUGUCCCUGUUUUGAGCUUGAGGAGAAAAGGCAAGACAAUUACACAACUGUACACAUGAAACCUAUAUAAUUUUAUUAACCAAUGGCACCCCAAUAAAUUCAAUUAAAAUAAAAUCAAACAACAAAAAAGAAAAGACAAGAUUUCCUGACACUGACCAGCCCCUGUCAUACCCUGCUACUCCCAGUCUCUGGAUCAUUGCCAGCUUGGGAGGGGAAGGGCCAGGAAAAGGGCCCACCCCGCCCCCUAACAAACUGGGUUUGUGCAGACAUCUUCAAAGUGUGGGGCACCCUCUGCUGCUGCUCCCAGCCAGACAGGCGAAUCCUGACCCCCUUUUAUCCCUACUCAGAUUUCCUGUCACUGGUCAACUAUCCUGAGGGUUCCUCCUGAGUUCAAGACACGGUGGUCCCAGGAGAGCCUCAGGCUCAAAGAGGCAGACGCAGAACGAAGCGGGGGGGGGGGGGGGGGAAGGCACAGACAAAGAACAGGAAGGGGCAGAUCCAGGCCCAAACUCAAGCUCUGUGUCAACAGCUGGGCACCUUGAACACAUCUAAUCUUCAGGCCUCAAUCCACUGGGAAAAAAAAAAAUUUUAAACUUUUUAAAUUUUAUAAGGUUUUAUUUGAGCCAAAACUGACAAUUGCCAGGAAGAUCUCAAAUGCUUCUAAAACAUUUUUUUAAAAAAACAAGAUCUAAAUUUCCCAGACCUUUCCUUCAAACACUAGUUAUGUGAGGUUUAAUGGUGGUUCUAAUUUUUAAAAAAGUUUUGUAGUCAAAUUUGGGAAAUGCUGAGUUAAGCAUGUUUCUAUCUUUUUUUAAUCAUCCAAGGCCAUUUUUUUUUUUUCAGUGCUUUUAGAGAGGAAGGGAGAAAAUAACAUCAAUGCAAGAGAAAAGCAUCAAUUGGUUGCUUCCCAUACAGACCUGUACCAGGGAUUGCACGGUCCUGGACCAGGUGUCAAACCCUCAGCCUUUUGGUUACAGGACGAUGCAUCAACCAGCUGAACAACAUUGGCCAGGGCCAAGUGUGUUUCUUUGCAGCAAGCUCUUGCAGCACAUUUUGGCAUGCUCAUAAAUUUUGAGGCCCUCAAAGAGGGCGUGUGAUGUGCUGUGGAGGAGUGGUUUUAACAGAGAGCUGUCCUCAAUGUGUGGCCCAAUGGAGUUCCUCUGUGCUUGUUGAACACGUGGGCUCCAGGUCUUGCCUCUGACCUAGAGGAAAUUGGGAGCUUGUAUUUUACUUAACCUCCCCCCCAUCCCCAAAAUUUGAGACCACCAACAGAGUACGAUUUAGGGAAAUAAGGAUUAGCAAGGGCCCUUCCAGCUAGGAAAACACCGAGGUUACAGACAAGGCCUGUGUUGUCCCCAGCAGCACCCGAAGUUGGAGCUGCUGCCUCUCUCCCGGACGCACCUGCAGGGCGUGGGCACUUUGUGGAAAGACCAGGCAUUGACAAACGAGUUCAGGGUGGAAAUCAGUCUAGGGCCAACAGUGCCUGGGAAUUAGACAUAUAAAAAUGGGAGCACUGUACCAGAUGGUAAGCUACCACCUGAACCUGCACCCCCUUGUUAGGGGCCAUUCUGCUCUUACCAUAGAGAGUUGAUGGGUUACAUAUUUUCCUAUUAUUAUCAUUGACUCAUAACAAAUCCAAGAAUUAAAAAGAUACUAUCAUUUCUCUUCAACAGUUAGAAAAAUUGAGGCCCAGGGAGGUGGAGUAAUUUGCUCAAGAUUGGAGCCAGGACUUGCAUAUGGGUCUUAACAUCAUUGGAGCAACAAAAGAGAGCCCUCUAGACCAGGACAUUCCUUUUGGAGCAGUAGCCCCAGAGGCCCCCAGGCUUUGGGAGCCUCCAGGCAACAGCUUGAGGAAGGGAAGCAAACUCAGGCACCACUUUCUUGGAGCCAAGAGAUUCCUCUGAGGGUGAUUUGACCUCUACUCAGUAGUCAGUCAUCUUGGCCCUGGAGACACAUGGGUUCUUAAGGAAACAAUCCUCUGGGCAUCCCAGCCUUUGAGAGAAGUGCUCUUCAAUGAGAAAGGGCCCAUGGGCUGAUCAAAGGCAGUGAGCACCAAGUGGCUACAGCCCGCCAUCUUCCUCUUUUGUCCUUUGGCUCCUGGUGGGAAGGGGCAGGAAGUGAUUCCUGGCCAGUGGUUUCAAUCAGAGUGAGGAAGGCUUUCAAUCAGAAUCAGGGCCCGUCUUCAGAAGCAUUGACAAGAUUCCCUCUCCUCUCUUGUCCCCCUAGACUCAGGUGUUCCUUUUAAAAAAAUUAAUUUAAUUAUUUUUAGAGGGGAAGAGAGGGAGGGAAACGUCAAUGUGUGGUCACCCCUUGCGCACUCCUUACUGGGGACCUGGUCCGCAACCCAGGCAUGGGCCCUGACUGGGAAUCGAACCGGCGACCCUUUGGUUCACAGGCCAGUGCUCAAUCCACUGAACCACAUCAGCCAGGCCUAGGUGUUCCUUUAUGGGCUUCCUCCAGACCCUCCCGGCCUCUGCCUGCAGCUCCUGCUGCCUGGACCUGAACUAGGGACAGUUCCAGCCCUCCUAAAGGCCACAGAUAGGGUUGCAGGUGCCUUUCUGUUUUGCCCCAUCUCCAUUCUCCUCUUGGACCCAGUGUCAACCUCACACUGCCCUGGGCCCCAAGGACACUGAAAAUGGGAGGAUGUCCAGUAUUUGGGGUCCAUGUGCAGGACUGUCCCAUACAGCAGCAGAAACACAUUCAGCCCAGUGAAGUUUUUGAUGUACUUGCCUAUCAGCCUGUGGGCAGAAUAUGAGCAGAUAAGCAACUGGGGUGGGUGAUGGGCAGUGGGGUCAGGCUGCAGGCAUCCUACAGUGAGGGGCUUCAGUCAGCUCUGACGAGUCUCAACAGGGCUGAGUUUCAGGGGCUGCUUCAGCAACAGCUCCCUCUGGAGGAUAAUAUGAUGGGUUCUCAUUUGUUCCAAUCACCAGGGCCCCAACUCAAGGGUGGUAGCCCAUUUUCCCCAAAUACAGAUUGUGGGAUUAUGAGGAUAAGGCGCCCAGGACCCCCAAAGUGAGGAGCUGGGUUUUCACAAGUUGCAGCGCUCCCCUGGGGCUGGGGGUGAGCAGGCAGGCCCUGGGAGCCCAUUUGCCCCCACGUCCUAACUUGUCCCAAUCCCUGGAGUGAGGGCGGGGCUUCCUGAGUCUCCUGAAGGAGAAGCAGCACCUUCCGGGGGUGGCCUGCCAGCGUGGAGCUACCACCUGUGUUCCUUUGUCUCUGCAGGCAGCAUGUCCACGGCUCUGAAGUGAGUCACUCUCAGCCUCCUGGGCGGAUCCAAGGCUGCCCUGGGCCCUGGCAGCUCCCAGCCCCCCACACAUACUACAUUAGUGACUUUAGGCGAGUCUUGAGCCUCAGUUUCCUUCUCUGUAAAGUGGAGAUAAUACCCUCAGUAUGAGGCUCGGUAAACAUAGAGGUCAAUCAUUUGCACAGUUAUAUAUCUGGCACUUACUAGGCACUUAACAAAUGACAGCAUGUUUCUAUUACCCUGGAAGAGCACAGAUAGCACAGGAAAUGAGGGCCACCUCCACUCCUUUACCCCCGUCCUCCAGUAUAACAGGACCCCUACUUUAGGCAGCUCUGACCAGCACAGACUUGCAGCCAAGUAAUGGAAGUGGGGUCUGUUUCUGCUGAGCCUGCCCCUCUCAGAACCCCUUUUCAAGCAAAAAGCCUUAAAACGUUGUCCCCUUGUUCACUUUUAUGUCUUUCACAUUUUGGUAAGAGACUUGGCCAAAAAGCCUCUCAAGAGAAUAUUUAAAUGGUAAAUAUCCAGGCAGUCGGACAGAUUUACGCUGAGGUGGGGGUGAUUCAGACCACAGCCUGUAGGGAGCACCUCCAUACCACCUCCUUGUAAAACUGCUUGGCUGUCCCUUUGUGUGCGCAUGUGUGCGCAUGUGUGUACAUGUGUGAGUGCUCAUGUUGAGGUAUGAGAUGUAUUCCGAGCAUGUUAGGUGUGAACGUGUUUAGAAGAGGGUGUAGGGGCUGGUCCGUGUGCCUCUCUGCCUGGGUGGACAAGAGGGGGCAGGCCUUGCCUCGUGCAGUCCCUUUCUGUUGCUGGACAAACAGAGGCAGGCCCUGUCCAAGGACCAAGAGCAGGCCCUUGGAGUUGUGCCUGAAGGGUCAUCUGCUCUCUGUGUUACCCAGCGUCAGUACCAUGUCACUGACGACCUGGUCGCUGACCCUGACUCUUCCUGCCCCUUUGCUCUUUCUAGCACCUGGCUCACCUCCU